GUUUCUCACACCUAACUCUUUAUAAUAAUAAGAGAAGCUAUUGCUCUCCAUUACUCACCCAUUUUCCCAAUCAAUCACUCUUCACUUCUCCCCACUCCUUACUCCUUUUUUCCUUUCUAAGCAAUCUCUUUCUCUCUCUCUCUCUCUCUCUCUCUCUCCUUCCUAUAUUCUCAAAUUUGAUUCUCUCCUCUCUCUCUCUCAUACGAUCUGCACAGCACUACGAACAGAGCUAAUUACAAAAAAAUUUGUGAAAAGAAGAUGAUUGGACAAAGCUUCCCGGAGGAUCUUGAUUGUGGCAACUUCUUUGACAACAUGGACGAUCUGAUUGAUUUUCCCGGUGGUGAUAUUGAUGUCGGUUUCGACAUCGGUGACUCCGACUCUUUCCCUAACAUCUGGACCACUCAUCACGACACGUGGCCCACCGCUUCUGAUCCUCUCUUCUCUUCCAACACCAACUCUGACUCUUCUACUGAGCUCUAUGUUCCGUUUGAAGAUAUUGUUAAGGUGGAGAGGCCACCAAGCUUUGUAGAGGAAUCAUCAUUGGUUGAGAAGAAGGAAGAUUCGUUUUCAACAAACACGGAUUCAUCGUCUUCUCAUAAUAGCCAAUUCAGGAGCUCAAGUCCAGUGUCGGUUCUCGAAAGCAGCUCAUCAUCGUCCCAAACCACCAACACAACCUCCCUUGUUCUCCCCGGAAAACAUGGCCGUCCACGCACAAAACGCUCUCGUCCACCGGUCCACGAGAAAGACAGAGUCAUCAGAGACAAUAAUGUUUGCGGUGCGGAUUCACGCCUCAUCAUUAGAAUACCAAAGCAGUUUCUCUCUGACCACAGCAAGAUGAUCACCAAGAAGAAGAAGAAGAAGACCAAGGUUACUUCUUCCUCUUCUUCCUCCGGGAUUGAUCUUGAAGUGAAUGGAAACAGCAACGUUGAUAUUUCGUAUUCUUCGGAGCAGAAUCUUGUUAGGAAAUGUAUGCAUUGUGAGGUUACAAAGACCCCACAGUGGAGGCUUGGGCCUAUGGGCCCAAAGACGCUUUGCAAUGCUUGCGGCGUACGUUACAAAUCGGGAAGGCUUUUCCCUGAGUACCGUCCAGCUGCUAGCCCAACAUUCACUCCAGCUCUUCACUCAAACUCCCACAAGAAGGUGGCUGAAAUGAGAAACAAGAGAUGCAGCGAUGGAAGCUACACAAACGAAGAGAAUGAUCUGAUUCCGAACAAUGCCUACAUUGGUGUAGACUAAAACCAAUGAGAUUCAGUUUUCAAGUGUUGAAGUGAUUAGAGUUGUGAGGAGUAGGAAAGAGUCAGUGAGCAGAAAAAAAAGUGUUAGCUUUAGAAGAGAUGAAUGAAGAGGAGCAAUCAAUUUGGUGGAGGAUUCAAAAGUUAGAUGAGAAUUGAUUGUGAUUUGUAUUUUGUAUUUGUAGUGUGAAUGGGCAAAACUCUUGAAACAUAGGAAAAGUAAGUUGGGGAAGAGCAGAAGAUUUUGAAGAACAUUAGAGAAAAGUUAGGUGUUGAGUUUUACAUUAAAUCUUCCUCUCCUUCUUUUCUUCUUUCAAUUCUUUGUAUUUUUAUCGUGAGGAUUCUUUUUGUAGUUGAUUUUUUUUAGCUAAAGUUUUAUUUUUUGUUUUUGUUCAAAUCCAAUGUUAUAAAUUGUUAAUUAUUA